GAGAGACAGGGACAGAGAGAAAGAGAGAGAGAGAGAGAGACCUUUUCUGUGGCCUGUUAAUGUGGGAGGGAAGAUAAAAGGGUCACGUGGGAGAAGAGCAGACGCGCACACGCGCACACACGAGCACACUAGCAUUUCACUUCCCUUCCCCCAGCACACAGUGGUGGUGCGAGGACAGCAAGGCAUCGCGGCGUUCAGCAGAAGCGCAGAUGAAUGCUUUGUAAAGGAGCAGUGGAUAAAAAUAGACUUAUCAGAGACAGCUGCAGAGGAGAGGAAGGAGCGAAACGGAGAGGAGCCGAGAGAACGCACAAGCAUGAGCGAGGAAAAAAAGCAGACCGUUCUGCCUAGCAACACACACCGAGCCGUAAAAAAUCUCUGCUCCAAGCUCUGGACUUCUUGAUUUGGGUUUCCACCCUCAGAAGUGACUAAUAUGUAUGAGGCGGAGUCUUGAAAAACACAAGGCACAUUCUCAGCUGAAGGGAAAGGAGCGUUUAGGGGGGAAAAAAAACAGGCUUUCGGAAGGGAUCUGAAAGCAAUAGCAGCAUUAAACUAUGUGGAUGGGAAAGUGGCAUGAGUCAAGCUGCCAACAUGUGCUGGUAAAUACGAGGCACACCCAUGGCGAACGCGGCGUUAUCACCGAGUGCCAACAUCCAUGCUGAGAAAGGUCUUUCAUCCACUGAACGGACCCGAGCAGGAGAACCAUGCAGUGUAGGCGUCGGCAUUGCUACGCAAGAAUCGCGGGAUUACUCGCUUUUCUGGUAUGCGUCGUUCUGAUCAUCUUCGCUCAACACGUCUGGCUAACGAGGCUGAAAAGCCGCAUCAUGAUCGAGUCGACCUUCAAGAAAGAAGCAGCGACGCCUCCUUCGCCAACGAGGUUCCUGGCAAACGGUACCCUUGUUUCUACGCAGCCGGUGUUCAGGACCUCCGUGGGAUCUAACCGGAGUUUAGCCAAGGAAGAAAACGCAGAAAGCAUCCUUAAAGUAGAACCCUACAAGUACGUCAUCAACGAACCUGACAAGUGCAGGAAAAAUAACACUUUCCUAGUGCUGCUGAUCCCAGUCGAACCUCACAAUUCCGAAGCCAGGAACGCCAUUAGGAACACGUGGGGCAACGAAAGCAUGGCUGAAGGAAUAGUACGCCUCUUUCUACUGGGUGUGAAAAACACUACGCGUGAUCCCGGGAUGCGCGAUCGACAGCAGCGCUCCCUCAUGGCAGAAAGUCAACAACAUCGCGACAUGAUCCAGCAGGAUUACAUCGACUCUUACUACAACCUCACUAUCAAGACGUUGAUGGGCAUGCACUGGGUGUCGAGAUACUGUCCAACCGCCAAGUACGUAAUGAAAGCGGACAGCGAUAUGUUCGUAAACACGGAGUAUCUCAUCCAGAAACUGCUCAAAUCGAACAUUCCGAGGGAGAUGUACUUCACCGGGUACCUCAUGCGAGGCUACAAGCCGAACCGAAACAAGGACAGCAAGUGGUACAUGCCGCCAGAGCUGUACCCUAGCGGAAGUUACCCCACGUUUUGCUCGGGAACCGGGUACGUCUUCUCCGGCGACAUGGCGAAGAGGAUCUACGCCACUUCCCUGAGCAUACGCAGGUUGCACCUGGAAGACGUCUACGUGGGACUCUGUCUCUCAAAACUGAACAUAGAACCGAUGCUGCCGCCCAACGAGUUUCUAUUCAAUCACUGGAAGGUUUCCUAUUCCAGCUGCAAAUACAGCCAGCUGAUCACCUCGCACGAGUUUCGUCCUAGCGAGCUGAUCAAGUACUGGCAGCACCUCCAGAAAAACAAGGACAGAGCCUGCAAAAUGUCCAAAGGUCAGAUUGCGAGGAACAUGAAUGCAGAGACGCUUCAUCGGGCCAAGGUUUUGCUUAAUCCCCAGUUAUAGUGAGAUAGUAAUCUUUUUGUUCAGUUAUCAGUGUAAUCUCCAGCACCAGUGUUACCACGGAGAGUUGUUGGGAAUUAUUGCUCGUUAUGUCAUCAGGCUGAACUAUUUUCAUUAGGAAAUGCUGUGUUGUAUCACAAAAAAAAAAAAAAAUGACAUGAUAAGGAUCCCUGAAUAUAAUUAAACACUGUUUGUAAGUGCUCUUAUGUGAUCAUUCAAAUUUUCUUUCAUUUUGACCACUAAAUUAAAAAAUUUAAAUUAAAAAAUUAAGAAAAUUUGAACAAUCCCAACCCGAUGAAAACAAACUAAAUCUACUCUUCCGUCAGGACUGAGGUGUACUGAAGUAUCUGUAAGUUAUUACUGAAGUAAUUGUAAUUUAUUGCAGUCACACUUUUGGGUUAAGGCUUCAGAAAUGCACUCGAUUGAACUUGUACAUCACAUCUGCUUUUGAACUGUGGCUUGAAAUGUUGACGUCUGCUUAUUUUUUAUUACUAUUUCAUUUUAAAAAGGUUUUUCUAUGCACUUCGAGGUUUACACACCACAACAACCUCUCUCUUUUUCGUUUCCUUUAAAAAAAAAAAAAAAGCUGCUUACACUAAAGUCUCAUAAAAGGGAAUAAUGAGAGAUGAUGGUUUAAGACAUCCUGCUUGUUGUUACUGUUUAAGAAGAAAGAAGUUGAACAAUGAACAUAAAUACUUAUUUCUGAUUAUGAGGGUGGUGAAAAAAAGCUGUAGCUCUAAAAUUAAGUGUGUGCUGAUAUUAAAGUCACAUCGCACUAACUCAGGGUUUUUUUUCCCCGCUAUUAUAAAAGUAAGGAUUUUUUCCCCCCAUCCACCUAAAUGGAACGCAGAUUUUUUUUUAAUCGUCCUAAAAUUUCCAUUAAUCCUUUAAUCCUCUUCAGCGUGUACGGAUGCUCUGUGUGCUAAGCAGUAGAAGUGACACUGGGCGACAAUUUAUAUUCACUCAGCAGCUAUUCUGUUCCUCGAGAAUUUGACUAGGCUAUGUUUUUUAUUUCAGACAUUAUUUCAGUCUGAGAUAAUUAGUUCCCACAGCAGAUUUUGGUCAGGAUCACAAACAUUAAGACAGUGACGGUACUAUGAGGUGAACAAGAUGAUCAGCACUACUUAAAAUAUUCAUGACCAUCAUAGUAAAGGUGUAUACACAAUAAUGCUGUUUACAGACAAGUCAGACGGAGAUCCCAAAUAAGGCCAAAUAAAUAUCAAAUAAAUCUAAAAUAACUCCAAAUACAUCCAAAAUAAAUCCAAAAUAACCCCAAAUAAAAUCCAAACAAAUUUAAAAUCACCCCAAAUAAAUCCAAAAAUACUCCUACAUAAAUCCAAAAUAUCACCAAAUAAAUCCAAAAUAUAACUAGGCCUAAAAAAAAACUAAAAUAACCACAAAUAAAUCCUACAUAAAUCCAAAAUAACUCCAAAUAAAUCCAAAAUAUUACUUGGUCUAAAUAAAUCUAAAACAACCCCACAUAAAUCCAAAGUAUUACUAAAUAAUUCCAAAUCUAAAAUAAGCCCAGAUAAAUCCAACACAACCCCGAAUCAAUUCAAAAUAACUCCAAGUAAAUCCAUAACACCACCAAAUAAAUCCAGGUAUAUACAUAAAACCCAAAUAAAUCCAAAAUAAUUCCGAAAGAACCCCAAUAAAUAAGAUCUAACCCAACAUUAAUCCACAAUAAUCCCAAAUAAGUGUUCUUUCCAAAUGUAAACCCCUAUUAUUGUUGUAUUUCCUCUAGACUUUGGAGGAAAAUAUAAAUAAAAAAAUACAUUUCAACCUGGCCAUGACUGAGCAAUGAAUGGCGUCUGACUCGUGCAUCAAUUAAACAGAAGUCUGAAUGUCGAGCUUAGCUAAAGCUAGCUUUUAGCUCUUCUUAAAUCAUUAUCUAGAAGCAUCUGGGGAAAGAGUUGGAGCAUCAUAACAGCACACAAAAAAUAAACCCACGACAAGGUAGUCCUGCUGCACUAAUGCCUUCUAUGCUAUCUAUUUAUAGCUUGAUUUGUGUGUACAACAUUUAAACACCCAAGCAGUAGCUGUAGAUAUAAAUCUUAGAUUGAAAUGCCAAGCAAAUAAUAAUAAUAAUAAUAAUGCUCAUUUAUAAUAAUAUUGACCAUUAGAAUCCUUUUAGUGCUUAUUCUUCAUCAAGUUUAGUCAUGUUUACAGUCGGUCUAAGAACAAAAGUGACGCACCCAAGAAAAAAGGAAAUAGAUUAUCUGACUUUACAGCUGUUCAAACAAACUUUAAAAAAAAAAAAAAAAAAAAAAAAAGGACAAGCAAUGGCACACAAAGGAAAGAAAAAAUGUCUCAGUCUUACCGUCACAGAUUUCAGCGUCAUGCCGUGGUAGGUUCCCAUUGUGUCGAUUUUGAAUCCCUCCGUUUCUAUGAGAGAAAUGGCAUCCAAUAAGUAGCAAUACUUUACUAUUUAUAAAUAAUAGAAAUAAGAAAAGCAUCUGUAAGCAUGUUUACCACUUCACUAAACACUAAACCGGUCUUCUGAUUGGCAAGCGACAAAGCCAUUUCGAAGCUGCGAUUUCGCCAACGUCAACUAAAAACUUUAUAUAAUUCUAUAUAAUUAUAUGCAAAUUAGUGAUCAAGUGCUGAAGCGAAUGUGUGUCACCAGCAUGGUGUUUAAACUCUCCCGGGUGUCGGGUACCUCAGCGUUUCGCUCCCAGUUGAACCUCACUUUCAGCAAAGCUUGGCUCGGAUUACAGGGGAAAAAAAAAAAAAAAAACUGGAAUGGCAUUUCAGCCUCGUUUCAGAGCAGAGGAAAGAACAACAACAGCCACGAGUCCGGCAAACCCUCCUCACAUUUAGCCUCGUGUUUUCACUCUCAGAAGAUUAUAAUACACUCUAUUCUGAGCGUGUCAUCUUUAUACUACAACAUCUGUAGGAUGCUCAUGUAACAUUUGUGGAAGGAGUCUCCAGUGUCAGUGCUUUGGAACGGUCAGAGGUAAAGCUGUAACUGUAUGUUUUCCGACAUUUUCAUGACACGGGAGUUCACGUUUCGUUACGGUUUCUCGGUAACACGCCAAGCUGCGUUAGUUACUUUGCUAAUGAUUAAUUCCACAAGGCUUUGCUGAGGUUUUGCUAGCAAAGCAACUACCGGUUCAAAGAUUUUUCUCCAGCAGUUCACAAAAGGUAAAGAGUUUUACAAAGGAAAAGGAAGGAAAAUAAAACAAAACAAAAAGGUUCGCGUCCUUUAGCGCUGAAUGAUACGAUAAUAAUAUCAGCAUUUUAAAUGAUUACUUUUUUGUGUUGUUGUUGUGGAUAUUGUAUUUUUUUUUAAAAAUAAAUUAUAAUAUUUACAAACUAAAUGGAAGCAGAUGAUUUGAUGUAAAUAAAAAAAAUUGUACUUAUUUAUUUUUUUUAACAUUGUAAAAUAUUAAAAUGUACAGAUACAUUAAAAAAAAAACAGAUGAUUUUUUUUUUCUUUCUAAUCUUCAACUGCCUUUAGUUUAGGAGAGCCUGUGCCCGUGAUAGCCUCAGAUUCUUAUUCUUGGCUGACAGGAGUGGAUCCCGCAAGUGGUCUUCUGCU